UACGUAUGACGUUAUUUUGAAAUUUCAGCGGUCACACACAGGCAUUUGUUGUGUGUGUGUCACAGGGCGCUGCAGCCUUGUGGAUAUCAUUUGACAAUUCAACAUUAUUUACGUAAACUGGCUGUAAAAUGUCGUUUUCAAGAGCCCCGGUGAAAAGGUUCAACGAGAACGUGGGUUGUGCCCCUGCGCCGGGGUCCUAUGAGAUCAAACCCGGGGACCUAAAGGGAGUAGCGUCCUUUGAGAAGUCUGAUCGAUUCAGAGCUCUAAAGGCUGCUGCUGGGGCUCUCCUACCACCGCCAUCUCCUUCCAGAAAUUUCCUGGUGUCACCUGUCCGCAGGACUAUGUCAGUGGAUGCUCUUGUCGAAGGGUCAAGUGUGAAGAAAGAGAAGAAUGGCAUGACCAUGGAAAGGAAACAGCAGAAACUCUUGGAGAAAGAGAUAAGGUCCCUGGUUCAGCAGCGAGGGGAUCAGGAUCGUAGAUUGCUUGCCCUGGAGGAAGACCUGAAAAAGGUGGAGGCCAAGCUGUUGGCCACAGUCAGAGAGAAGACAGGCCUCUCUGCCAGUGUUACCACUCUUGAAAGACAGCGGGCUGAGCUCAAGAGAGUCAAUGAGUUUCUUAAAAACAAGGUUUCUGCUGACACCACAAAAAAGAGAAUCAAUUCACUAACGAUGGAGUUGAUGGAGGCCAGGAACACUUUGGAUGUUAAAAGUCGGGAGUUAAGUGUCCUGCAGGUUAACACUACGGGCCACCUGAAGGUGCUAGAAACAGACCUUCAAGCUGCCAUGGCUACUGCCACUGCUCUAAAAGACAGAAACAAAGACUUGGAGGAACUCCAUCAAGUGACAAAAAUCCAGAAUGAAGAGCUUGAGAAUGACAACACUAAGUUACAUGCUGUGAUUCGAGAGCUGAGGGAGGAGAUCAGAGUCUUGCAGGAAUACCUGGAUGCAGCCAAUGACCAGAUCCAGGAUCUUCGAUUGAUGCUUCAAGAAAAGACACAAGAGAACUCACUCACUGUUUCUCAGCUGCAGAAACUAAAGCAGCUGGAAACCAAACUGGAGCAACACAACACUGAGUUUGAAACCACUCGAGAUAUUCUGAGGCAUAAAGAGGAUGAGGCACUAAAAUUCCAGCUAGAGCUGCAGGUGUCUAAGGAUGCAUUAUGGGAAGUGGAAAAGAGGCUGGAAAACCAAGAGCAGACACUGAAGUCUGCACAAAAGUCAGUGAGUGACAUGGAGGAGCAGAUGAAGUUAGCAAACCAAGAAGUGCACAACUCUCAAGCAACAGUUCGCCUGCAGGAGGCAGAGCUGGCAAGACUGAGGGAGGUGCUCAGGCGGACGGAGAAGGAGCUGGAUGAGAGGGUUGCACAUCUUGAACAGCGAUGUCUUUACUCUGAGGAGGAGAGGAGCAAGACUCAGGAGGAGGGGCUGAGGAGAGUGCAGGAAUUAAAGACAGAACUCAACCUGCUAAAGGAAUUUAAACGAGAUGAGGAGAAGAGAAAAAUCCAGCUCCAGCUAGAACAUGCCACUCUUAACGAGGAACUGACGAGAGAAAAGGCACUUGUGGACUCUCUGUCUGUGCUGGUGGAGCAGGAGAGAAAAGACUCAGAGGAACAGCUAAAACAGCUAAAGGAGGAGAUGGAGGAGGUGCUGGGUGAAUUUGCUCUUAUGGAGGAGCAGGAACAGAGGAGUCAAGAGAUGCAAGAGAAAAAUCAGCAGCUGCAGGACGAAAACGAUGAGCUGGAGAGACAGCUGAAUGAUGCCAGGGCACAGCUGGAAAGUAAAGGCCAAGAUCUGGCAGCUUUGAAAAAGGAGCAUUUAUCAGCCACAAGACAACUCCAAGAUGCACGCAAAAACUCCCUGAGCAAGAUUGGAGACAUUGUCACAGAGAUGGAAAGUACCAAAGAGGCUCUGAAGGGAGCAGAGGAGAGACAGAAAGAGCUGGAAGAGGAGGUGGAGAGGGUUACCCAGCAGAUGAAGGAGGAGAUGGACAAAGUGGUUAAACAGAAAGAAGAGGAGAUCAAGAGAGUAAAGGAGGGGUUGGAGGAGAGCCAGGAGAGACAGUUAGCUGAAGUGAAAGCCAGGGAAGAGAGUGCAAAAAUGUUGCUGGAGGUGCAGACUCGUCUUGCACGGAAAGACGAAGAGAUGAAGGCCAUGGAGGUGAACCAUGCCGACCAGCUCAGCCAUUUACAGCAAGAGCUACAGCUGCAGACAAAGGAGAGGGAAGCAGCGCUGGGGCUAUUAGAGGAACAGAGGGGUCAGAGUCUUACUUGGCUCCAAAAUGAGAAGGAAAAAGCACAGAAGCUAGUGGAGGAGGUCGGCUUUGCAAAAGAGGAAAUGAUGGAACAGCUCAAUGAAGAAAGAGAAGAGAAAGUCAAAAUUCAGACAGCUCUUGAGGAGAACAGGGGAGCAUUGGAGGUUGAAAGGAAAGACCAUGAGCAGGUCAAGUCACAAGUGCUCAGACUGCAAGCUGAGCUUGAGAGGGUGGGGGAGGAACAAAAGAGUCUUCUGUCUCAAUUACAACUCAAAGACCAGUCCAGGCUUCUUCUUGAAGAUAAGCUAAAUGUGGCAGAACAGGAUAGAAGUCUGCUUCAAUCUCGUCUAGAUGAGGUUGUACAAGAGUCUAUUAGCUUCCAGGCCCAAUUAGACAUCAUGGAGGUCCUGCAGCACAAGCUGGAAGAACAGCAACAAGAUGGACAGGCUCUGCAAGAGCAGGUGGAAGUGCUGUCACAGGAGAAGGUUACACUGCAUUGGGAGAUGGAAGAGCAGCGACAGGAACUGCAAAGACAGAUAACUGAAGCACAAGAAAAGAGCAUCCCAAGUUCAGAGACAGAACACUGGAGGAAACAAUAUGAGGAGCUGUUUGCUAAAGUCAGGCCCUUCCAGGAACAGCUCAACGCAUUUGCAACAGAGAGAAAUGCACUGCUCAAUGAAAAUGGGGUCAAUCAAGAGGAGUUAAACAAACUGGCUGACGCUUAUGCUCGUCUGCUGGGCCACCAGAACCAGAAGCAAAAGAUUAAACAUGUAAUAAAGCUGAAAGAUGAGAACGUCUCCCUCAAACAGGAGGUGUCUAAGCUGCGCUCACAGGUGAGCCGACAAAAGAGUGAUCUGGAGCAGCUGAAGUCAAACCUGCCCGGUGCUCCUCGCCGCAGGUUUGAUCCCAGCAAAGCUUUCCAACACGACAAGGAGAACAGAGCAGACCAAGCCAGUGAACCUCUUAGAGAAGGGAAUCAUUACGCAUAGUGGAGGGAACUCUUCAAAAAACUAACAACUUUUAAUUUCUAAGGUUGGGCCUUUUGAUUAUUUGACCAGCCUCUAACAAGUGUUAAACAUUCUCAGCACAUUCUCACAUUGCAAUGUUUUAUAGCUUUUUGUAGUCAAAAUGUUGCUUAAAGAGCCUAAUGUAUUUUGAUUUUGAAAAGAAAUGUGUGAAAAAAGCAGUGUGUGAAAAAUGAUGAGGACAUAGAUGAUGUCUUUGUUGCUUAAAAAAAGCAUACUUGGCAUAAACAUUUAUAAUGCAUUUUAGAAUUUUAUCUUUGUAAGUUUCUUAGAAAUCUUAGGGCAGCAGAACUAGGAACUCUUUGAUGUGGAAUAGCUCUUUAUAAAACUCUUCUUUGUAAAUAAAGGCAAAUUUUAACUCUCUUCUUAA